AUGUGGUGCGGCUACCGCCAAAAAUCGCGCCAAGCGAAUAUUAACAACGGGAGCGUUGCGAACGGAUGCCCGGCGAAAGUGGGCCGCCUUCUAACCGGGACGCCGUCGGGACCCCUCGCGGCAGAACCGCAUCCCAAUUUGGACCUUGACACCGACCAGUUUGAUCAGCUUCACAGCGGGAGCGGGGAGGAGAUGGACGAAAUAAAGCCCUUAAUACCGAAGGCGGGAAAUAAAUUAAGCAACAAAAAUGGCGUCUGCAUAAACAAUAAGCGGCGGAGCAACGCAACGGGGGAGCAAUUUGUCAAUGUU